AAAGAACGGAUAAUGCUAGUCACUUCCUGCAAUCACAAGUCAACAGCCAUUAAAUGCAUUUGAAUGAGCCAAUCGGAUACAAGGAAUGAGCGUACCACAAGAGAUGGCUUAUCAAGAGACGCGAAAAGGAACAACACGGUAGCUUGCUGGAUAAAUACGCUGGCGAAUGAACGGAAAAUAUAAAGUUCAUAUUUGACUGCAAAUGGUAAAAAGAAACGAUUGAGAAGAUAGUGUGCAAUAGCCUGGUGUGUCACAAUUAUAUUCUUAGGGAAAAUUAAUUAAUACACCCUCCUCAUCGCCACCUCUACACGUGCAUGUACCAGAGAGCACAUCAGUGCAUGUGCACCUGAAGAAGGGCCAGAAAACGAAAGAGGCAAAGAUGAAAGGUGACACAGGAAAUCACAGAACCUCCGUUAGGAGGAAAGAAAGGGUGCCCUGGAUACCUCCUGGGAAGGGCUCGACACGUGACGCCCUGUACAAGUGGGAGGGGCCGACACACCGCCUAGAGAUGAGGCCUGCUCCAGAGCCUGAUCUUUCUCAGUCUGGGCUGCGAUUGGCUGACCUCUCCAGUGAUGAAGAGGAAGCACUGCAAGGCCGCAUCCACCAGUAUGAGAGGAAGAUUGACAGCCUUAUGACUGAGGUUGGCUCCCUGAAGAAUGAGGUGGAAUUGAGGAAAAAGGAACAGCAGCUGAGUGCCUCCCAGCGUGUAAUCCAGGAACAGGAGGAUGAACUGGUGGAAUUCACCAAAGAGCUGGUGGUGACUGAACACGAGAACACCCGCCUCCGCCACUCUAUUGAGAAGAUGCGGGAAGAGACAGAUUUAACCAGGCAGGAGACGGAAACACUGCUGCAGCAGAAGGACUUGCUGCUCAGGAAGCUGGUGGAGGCGGAGGUGGAUGGUGCCGCAGCCGCCAAGCAAGUGUCGGCCCUGAAAGAGACCGUGGGGAAAAUAAAGACUGAGAAGCGGAUGUCGGGGGCAGACUCGGCCCUGCUGGGCAGGCAGAAGGACCAGCUGAUGCAGAAACUGGAGACUUUCGAGGGCACAAACCGCACUCUGCGUCGUCUUCUGAGGGACUACCACGGUCAGGAGACCGAUCUUGUAAGGCUGUGGGAGCAGAGAGACGUGCUGAUGAAGAAUCUGGCCGACGCUGAGACAGAGAAGGUGAACCUUCUGGUGAAACUCCAAGACCGAGAGAAGGUGGUCAGUCAGCUCGCUGUCCUUUUGGAGACUGAGAGGGAGAACAUGAAGACCACCACAGAGCUUUCUAAAGCACUGGAGUCCACCCGUGCUCAUCUCCAGGGCCGGCUACGUAAAAAGGAGGCAGAGAAUAACCGACAUAGCGUCCAGAUCAAAAGCCUAGAAAAGACAGUCAGUCAGCAGCAGGAAAAGGUGGAGAAGCUGAAGAAGGAGCUGACGGAGGUGCAGGAGAGUUUGGACGCAGAGAAAGACGCCCUGCAGCAGGAGGUGCAGAUGCAGAAGCAGCGGGCAGAGCGCAGCGAGGGCACAGCCAGGCAUCUUAACACACAGCUUCUGGAGAAGGAGACAGAGCUGGCAGAUGCCCUGGCUGCAGUGGAAAGCUGGCGUGGUCGUCACUCCCAGGAGGUGAAGGAAAAGAGCCAACUGGAGGUUGAGAUUACUGUUCUCAGCAACCAGGUGACCUCCCUGACCGAUCAGCUGCACAGCGUGGAGGGCAAGGCCCGGGCUGAGACCGAGGGCCUGCUGGAGCGGCUCCAUCACCUCACAUCCGAGAGCGCAGCCACCAGGCUGGAGAACCAGAGGCUUAAGGCUACUCAGUCAAGCAUGGAGGAAAAGCAGGGCUUAUCCCAGUCAGAGGUGGAGCAGCUGAAGUCCUCAGUGAAGCAGUAUGAUAACUUGGUGGACAGCUAUAAAAGCCAGCUGCAUACGGCGCGUGUGGAGGUGGAUGAGUACCGGCUGAAGCUGGAGCUGGCGGAGAAGGAGGCGCAGGAGGUGCGUGUGGAGCUGGACCGGGAGGUGGAGGUGGUGCGGAGGCAGCUGCUGGGGAGGCUGGCGGAGCUGGAGCCCCUGCCCGAGCUGCUGAAGCGCACGGAGCAGCAGCUGUGGGAGGCGGAGGAGCAGCUGCACGAGCAGGAGAAGAGGAGCAGCGAGCAGAGCAGCGGCCUCACCGAACUGCGCCUGAAGGUGGAGCAGCAGGGCUGCCGGAUGGAUGCUGUUCGAGAGAAGAACCUGUUACUGCUGGAGGAGAAUAAACACUUGAAGCAGAGGGUGGAGAAUCUAGAAAGGAAGCUGGAGGAGACCAACUCCCAGAACCGAGAACUGGUUCAGGUGAUCGCCAAGCGGGAGGACACCAUCCACAGCAGCCAGCUGCACCUGCAGGAGAAGUCCCAGGAGUGCAGUGUGCUGACACACAGGCUGGAGGACGCCCUGCUUGAUGCCCAGCUGCAGCUAGAUCAGACCCGGGACCGGACAGUCUCCAAGGAACGGUUAGCCCAGUCUAAAGUUGUAGACCUGGAGGCCCAGCUGAGUCGCACCCAAGCCGAGCUCAACCAGCUACGUCGCAACAAAGAGGAUAUUGAGCGUCGACACCAGACCCGGCUGCAAGAUAUGAAGGAUCGCCUGGGGCAAUCUGACAGCACCAACCGAAGCCUGCAGAACUACGUGGAGUUCCUUAAGGCCUCUUACGCCAAUGUUUUCCGUGACUCCGCAUUGGGAAGCUCCAUUCUGCGGCCCUUGUCCCCCCUUUGAUCGGACGCUUCCUUUUACCAUUUAUCCACUUGUGGAACCUCAUCUGCACCCUGUCUUCCUUUUUCUUCCGUUUAUUGUUGCUCACACACUUGUUACAGUCAUUCAAAAUAUAUAAUGUAUUCUAUUACAGCAUUGCCAGUACAUACUCAGACGUAUACAUAUGAAUUCAGAGGCUGCUGGGCACCUGUCCAUCAAGGCACUGUUUUAGUGCAUGCAUGGGCCCCACAGUAUGGUUUUGGAUUCGGACCAUCCCUAUGCCAAUGCAAGGUGCUAACAUUGCUGGGUGCUAACAUUGCCCAGGGAAGGGAAGGUUUCAGUAAACUGGGAUUGCACCAUAUCAUUGCUCACUAGUGACUCCCCACUGGUCGAUUGGGUAUCUGUGGACUGCUCAUGAAGCGUCUUCCUCCAACUCAUGUCUGUAAGCCGAACUUGGAGACUGCCGUUUAAGUGAUGGCUGGUAUUGCAUGCUAUGGAGGAGAGUAUAUGUUUGCGUGCUCUCGUUAAUUAAUCUGCACUGAGCACUGCCAAUGAGAUGUGAUUGUGCAUUGCAAAUUUUGAGAAGGGGAAAAGUAUUUUUAAAAAGUGAGCUUGACGGGAGACCUGCAAGAUUGAAGUCCAUUUCCCUUCCCUUGGUCUUUGUCAAAAUACUUCAUCCAACCAAAGAUUUUUUUCAUGCAACUCAAUGUUACAUUCCAGUCCUUUACCUAUCUGCUUGGCGAUCUUUAAAAACAAAACCUAUAAUAUUCUAUUAUCACAAACUUGUCCAUGGGGCUUUUUCUGUCAUUUGCUGCUAGAACAUGAUCCAUUUUAAUUGUGAUGCCAGUAAUUGGGUAAUUCAGCUUAUUGUUCUUAAUCUUUGCUAGUCAUUUUUAGUUUUUACUGAACAAUGAAUGCAAUGUUGAUGCAAAAUUUCAAAAGGCUUUCAAAUUAUUCUUAUUUUAUAAUAUUUUAUUAUGGCAUCAAUGCAAUUUACACUGUUAUGAAUGUGACAGAAUGUAUACAAGGAUGUAUAAUAAUAAAGCCUUCAUUCAAAAUGUGCAA